AUGUGCAGGACCUUGCCGGGCAGAGGAGCACAACGGAUUGCUUGUCACAAUCGCAUCGCAGAGCUGGACCAGGAAGAUCCAGAGAUUGCGGCCAACGUGUUGUAUUCCCCCGUGCCCAAAGGAUACAAAGCUCGUGCUGUUAAAUGCAGAGUAUGGGAUCUCCUUCCUAUUCUUCACAAGUAUCUUCAGUCAGCAGACCUCAUCUUUGGUGGCAUUACUUCUCAGAUCCAUUUCUUCUUUCUUCCCAUGACUUUCUCUGAAAGACCAUCUCAAAGUCUAUAUGAAGAUCCCAAUUUCAUGAUGACGCAUUACCAGCAUGUCUUGGCUUUGGAAUUUGCUAUAAAGGAGAUUAAUGAAAAUCCCCAGAUUUUACCUAAUGUCACUUUGGGAUUCCAUGUCUACGACAGCUAUGUGAAUGCCAGAUGGACUUAUUAUGUCACAAUGCAACUUAUUUCCACGAAGAAUAAAUUUGUCCCCAACUAUAAGUGUGAUAGGCAAGACCAUCUAAUUACAGUCAUUGGGGGACUUUUUUCUGAAACCUCCUACCAGAUAGCAAAUGUUUUGAGCACCUAUAAUAUUCCACAGGUCUUGUAUGGCUUUGCUCCAGUGAUGAUGGAUAACAUGCAAGUGCCUUCCUUCUACCAGAUGGUUCCAAGCCAAACCAUUCAGUACACAGGGAUUCUCCAAUUACUUCUCCAUUUCAAGUGGACAUGGAUUGGAUUCAUUGCUGACAAUAAAGAAAACGGAGAAAAAUUUCUGCAAACCAUGCAUUCAGUGUUUUCCCAGAGUGGCAUCUGCUUUGCCUUCAUAGACAUGUAUCCCAAUUUAAAUUUUGAUGACCUCAUAGAGACUGAAGAAUGGAGGUUGCAGCUCUAUGAUAAAGUUUUCAACAGCACAGCCACUGCUUUGGUCUUCUGUGGAGAAACAAAUUCCAUGUUAAUUCUGAGAUGUUUGCUAUAUCUACCCGCAACAGAAAACCAGGCACAAAAUCCAAAAGGCAAAGUGUGGAUUCUGACAGCCCAGAUGGAAUUCACAUCAUUGAACCUGCUAAGGAGUUUGGACAUUCAGUUCAUUCAUGGUGCUCUGUCCUUUGCAAUUCAUUCUUAUGAUGUGAAGGGAUUCCGCCACUUUAUUCAGAACAGAAACCCUUCCAUCUCAAAAGAUGAUGGCUUUAUCAAGGACUUCUGGGAGCAGGCAUUUGACUGUGUGUUUCCAAAUUCAAAUCUGGGCAAUUCAUAUGAGAAUAUCUGCACUGGAGAGGAGAGACUAGAAGACCUGCCUGGAGCUAUAUUUGAAAUGAGUAUGACUGGGCACAGCUACAGCAUCUACAACGCUGUGUAUGCUGUGGCCCAUGCUUUGCAAGCCAUGUAUUUAUCAGAAAACACAGGAAUGGUGCAGGGAAAGAAAAGGAAGUUUCAGAAGCAACAGCCAUGGCAGCUCCACCACUUUCUGAAAAGGAUCUCUUUUAACAACAGUGCUGGGGACAAGGUUUCCCUUGACCAGAAUGGUGUAUUGGUAGAAGGACUUGAUGUUAUAAACUGGGUCACAUUCCCAAAUCAAUCCUUUGCUAAGGUGAAAGUUGGAAGAAUGAAUGUUCAAAGUCCUCCAGAUCAAGCAUUCUCCAUAAAUAAGAAUGGCAUUGUAUGGCACAGCUGGUUUAACCAGGUACAACCUUUUUCUCUGUGUAGUGACACCUGCCAUCCUGGAUACAGGGAGUAUGUGAAAGAGGGCAAGCCAUUCUGUUGCUAUGAUUGCAUUCCAUGUCCUGAAGGAAAGAUAUCUAAUCAGAAGGAUAUGGCUGAAUGCUUUCAAUGCCCAUAUGGUCAUUAUCCACACAAGGAGAAAGACGUAUGCGUUCCUAAAGCUCUGCACUUUUUAUCCUUUGAAGAACCUUUAGGGAUCAGUUUAGCCAUUGUUAUUAUUUUAUUUUCUUUGAGCACAUGUCUGGUACUAGGAAUAUUUAUGAAGCACCACAACACUCCUAUUGUCAAAGCCAACAACCGGAACCUCACCUACACUCUCCUCAUCUCCAUCCUGCUCUGCUUCCUUUGUGCUUUGCUGUUCAUUGGCCAACCUGACAAAGUGGCCUGUGUCCUCCGACAAACUGCCUUUGGCAUCAUUUUCUCAGUAGCAGUUUCUUGUGUCUUGGGAAAGACACUCACUGUGAUUCUGGCUUUCACGGCUACCAAACCGGGAAGCAGGAUGAGGAAGUGGGUGGGGAAAAGAAUGGCCGCCUUCAUUGUUCUUUCCUGCUCCCUUAUCCAAACGGGCAUUUGCGCUGUGUGGCUGGCAACCUCUCCUCCAUUCCCAGAUGAUGACAUGUAUUCAAUGACUAAAGAAAUCAUACUGGAAUGCAAUGAGGGGUCUGCGAUCAUGUUUUACUGUAUCUUGGGCUACAUGGGCUUCCUGGCCAUUUUGAGCUUCACUGUGGCUUUCUUUGCCAGGAAGCUACCUGACAGUUUCAAUGAAGCCAAGUUGAUCACUUUCAGCAUGUUGGUGUUUUGUAGUGUUUGGUUAUCCUUUGUUCCAACUUAUUUGAGCACCAAGGGAAAGUACAUGGUAGCUGUGGAGAUCUUCUCUAUCUUAACUUCGAGUGCUGGGCUGCUGAGCUGUAUUUUUUCUCCCAAAUGUUACAUUAUUAUUCUGAAGCCAAACCUGAACAAUAGGGAAAACCUAGUGAGGAAAGCUAAUUUAUCUCUGUAA